UCACCCCCCCAUCUCUCCUCCUUCCUCGCCGCCCGCCCCUUUCUCUCUGUCUCCCUCGUCCCUUCAUCUCCAGUCCGCUUGUGUUGUCUCGGCGGCCGGUCGGCGUGUGAGAGCGGAUCUCGCGAGUGUUGGAGUUUUGGUGAGAGUUUGUGGAAGAUGGCGCCUGUUGUGACAGGGAAGCUCGGGGAGCGCCCUCAACCACAGCGCCUGACAAGAGAAGCGAUGAGAAACUAUCUGAAGGAGCGAGGAGACCAAACUGUUCUGAUCCUCCAUGCUAAAGUUGCACAGAAAUCCUAUGGCAAUGAAAAAAGGUUCUUUUGUCCUCCUCCUUGUGUGUAUCUAAUGGGCUGCGGCUGGAAGAAAAAGAGGGAACAGAUGGAGAGAGACGGCUGCUCGGAGCAGGAGUCUCAGCCAUGCGCCUUCAUCGGCAUUGGGAACAGUGACCAGGAGAUGCAGCAACUCAACCUGGAGGGGAAGAAUUACUGCACAGCCAAAACGUUGUACAUCUCAGACUCAGACAAGCGCAAGCACUUCAUGUUGUCCGUACGCAUGCUGUACGGCAACAGCGCCAACAUCGGCGUCUUCCUCAGCAAGCGCAUCAAGGUCAUCUCUAAGCCUUCCAAAAAGAAGCAGUCGCUCAAGAAUGCUGACUUGUGCAUAGCGUCUGGAACGAAAGUGGCUCUGUUUAACAGACUGCGGUCUCAGACAGUCAGUACACGCUACCUCCAUGUGGAGGGCGGGAACUUUCAUGCCAGCUCACAACAGUGGGGAGCCUUCUAUAUUCACCUCUUGGAUGAUGAUGAAUCUGAGGGAGAAGAAUUCACCGUGCGUGAUGGUUACAUUCACUACGGCCAAACUGUCAAACUUGUCUGCUCUGUCACAGGAAUGGCCCUGCCACGACUGAUCAUCCGUAAGGUGGAUAAGCAGACGGCCUUGUUGGACGCAGAUGAUCCCGUGUCCCAGCUGCAUAAGUGUGCCUUCUACCUAAAGGAUACAGAGAGGAUGUACCUGUGCCUUUCCCAAGAGAGGAUCAUCCAGUUUCAAGCCACUCCAUGCCCAAAAGAACCAAAUAAAGAGAUGAUCAAUGAUGGUGCUUCUUGGACAAUCAUCAGCACAGAUAAAGCAGAAUACACUUUCUAUGAGGGAAUGGGUCCAGUCCACUCAUCUGUCACCCCUGUGCCUGUGGUCGAAAGCUUACAGCUGAACGGCGGAGGAGACGUUGCCAUGCUGGAGCUAACAGGACAGAACUUUGCUCCAAACCUGCGUGUGUGGUUCGGGGAAGUGGAAGCAGAGACGAUGUACAGGUGUGGAGAAAGCAUGCUGUGUGUCGUACCGGACAUUUCAGCAUUCCGCGAGGGUUGGCGGUGGGUGAGACAGCCAGUCCAGGUUCCUGUAACGCUGGUGAGGAACGACGGCAUCAUCUACUCCACCACACUGACGUUCACGUACACGCCCGAGCCAGGCCCGAGGCCUCACUGCAGCGCUGCCGGAGCCAUCCUGCGCUCUGCUAAUAACACCCCCAACACUGACACACCAAAUUCAGUCACGGCAAACUCCACCAACGCCACAGCCGCCGUGGUCUCGUAACACACGUGGUAUCACUCAAGGACUUGUGGGUGGGGAAAAAACUACAGGUACAUUUCAACAAAGUGCUGCAUAUUGAUUUCAAGACUGAACAAUGUAUUCGAGCAACAUAAAAAAACACAAAGAUGAGGAAUUUGGAGAGUAUCGAUGAACCGAGGGGCAAGAAAUGAUGUAAGGAGGCGACGAGAUGAGAUGUUUGGCGCUCGCUGAUGGACAUGGCCGAAACAGCCGAGAGCGCCUGCACCUUUCGACAUACAGAGGGCGAGAACAUCUGACCCUUGUAAUGAUGCAUUUAAGCAAGAAGUCUCUUCUCCAACUUUUAUUUGAAUCCCCUCUUUCUGACCCAACACUUUCCUGAAUUGUGUUUGUGUGAAGGAGUAAAAUGGCUAAAAUCCCCUGUGGCUCGCUCUGGACUUAUGAGACGAGGGUCACGUUAAAUUUGUAAAUGAAACGUAGUUUUUAUGGACCAAGGUUAUUGAAUAAGCUUUAGUAAAGGUACAUUUUCCUCCAUACAUUUUUUUUUGUAUCUAAACAUAUAGUAUGCUUUUGUUACCAAAUAGAUUCUGUUUCUACUCUGA